GCCUCCUAACCACUGAGCCACACGAACAACUCCUAGAACGUAUAGCUAGGUCACGCCCUUCUCACCUAAACGUGCCACGGAAGUGAGCAGCACUUCCGCUUCUAGCCCCGCCUUUUCAUUCUGUUGUUACUCUACCCCUCCCCCCUCCUGGUUCCCGGCUUCGAGACCAACCGGAGCAUGUCUGCGUUGCGUGGAGCGGUCCAUGCCAAAUGGAUCAUAGGGAAAGUCAUUGGGACCAAAAUGCAGAAGACUGCCAAAGUGAGAGUAACAAGGCUGGUGCUGGAUCCUUACUUAUUAAAGUUCUAUAACAAGCGGAAAACUUAUUUUGCUCACGAUCCUCAGCAGCAGUGCCUUGUGGGAGACAUUGUCCUUCUGAAAGCUUUGCCAGUGCGGAGAAGCAAGCAUGUGAAACAUGAACUGGCAGAAAUCGUGUACAAGGUUGGGAAAAUUAUUGAUCCUGUGACCGGGAAGCCCUGUGCCGGAUCGAAACUCUUGGAAAGUGUAACAGACUCAGACUCAGAAAACCUCACCGAUAGAGACACCAGCUUCCUUAGUGAAAAACUCCAAGAGCUCACUGUUUCCUCUUCGGAUAAAUGAAGGGGAGGCGAGGCUUUGUAAGAUGGGACUUUCAUGCCUCUAUGAAGGGGUUGUAUGUGGCAUGGUGCUUCUGUGUUUUUAAAAUGGUGGCAGUUAAUAAAAUGGAGUUAACUUACCUA